GGUGACCGUGCUUCAGUACCGCGCGAGAGAGGCACGGAGGAACACGAGAGAGAGAGAGAGAGAGGGAGAGAGAAAAACGACCGAGAGUUAUAGUGACAUAGUGCGUGCCGGGCAUUUGUUGUCCCGGGAAUUUCCUCUUUUUUUUUUAUUUAUUACCCUUGAUAAUGGGUUUGGAUUAUUAUGACGGUUUCCGAACUUUCUCCUGGCUCGGAAAUAUCAUCGGUCUGCCGAUCGAUCAGAUUAAUUUCCUCAUAACACAAUUUAUUGCAUUGAUGCUGGCUGGAUUAUUGAGAUCAUAUCUUAGUCAUAAGGUAGUAGGGCCAGCUAUCAGACAUUAUUUUGGUCUUACGAUAGGUCUCGCACUCGGAUACUUCUGUUUCGGCAGACAGGCAAUACACUUGGUGGGUCUAUCCUCAUUCUGUUAUAUUGCGAUGAGAGUACAAAAUCCAAUUUGUAUGCAAAGGUCUGUUCUUAUCGUUGCGUUAGCAUAUUUGUCUACUAUUCAUGUACACAGACAACUCUACGGUUAUGGGAUGUAUACUCUAGACAUUACUGGUCCUCUCAUGGUGAUCACGCAAAAAGUAACGAGUCUAGCGUAUAGCAUACAUGAUGGAUUGGCCCGCAAAAAGGAGGAUUUAACACCAUUGCAACAGCAACAAGCUGUCUAUAAAAUGCCAACCAUGACGGAGUACUUCAGUUAUGUCUUUCACUUUCAAGCUCUAAUGGCGGGUCCAGUAAUAUUUUAUCGUGACUAUAUUGACUUUAUACAGGGGGAUCAUUUUAAACAUUCUACUAAAUCGUUAACAGAUCAGAAUAAUCAGAAUUCGGAGGAGAGUAUUAAUGAGAUUAACUUGGAACCAUCUCUGAGGAAAAUUGUUGUUAAAAAAGUGAUAGCCAGUUUAAUAUGCGCUGCUUUCUUCGUUUCCUUCCUUUCAUCGUUCUCGAUUCAAAAAGUAAAAGACAAAGAAUUUUUAGAAGAGACAACGAUAUUAUACAAACUGUGGUACAUAUACGUAGCGACUAUGAUGGUUCGUUUUAAAUAUUAUCACGCAUGGAUCUUCGCCGACGCCAUUUGUAAUAAUUCGGGACUUGGUUUCGAUGGAUAUACAGAAAAUGGUGAACCUCGUUGGGAUAAAUUUGCCAACGUCAAUGUUAUUAACUUCGAGACUUCGCUCAGCUUGAGAGACAGUAUAAAUAAUUGGAACAUGGGAACCAAUAGAUGGCUCAGAUCUAUCGUUUACGAUAGAAUGAAAAAACAAAGAAUGAUAUUUACGUAUGCCUUGUCGGCUCUAUGGCACGGUUUUUAUCCUGGUUAUUAUCUUACCUUUGCCAAUGGAGCUUAUUUUACGUUAGUGGCUCGUAUUGUUCGUCGUUAUGCUAGGCCGUACUUUUUGGGCACGAAAAAUAUGAAACUCUUUUACGACGCAAUAACGUUUCUCGCAACCCGAAUCACUAUGGCCUACAUAGCAUUUAGUUUCGUUCUCUUAGAGUUCCUACCAAGUAUUCAAUUGUACCUGUAUAUGUACCUGUUACCACAUUUAUUGGGAUUGGCUGCUAUAAUUAUUUUACCACGUUUACCACGUCUUCCAGAGUCAAGAACUUCCGAGAAAAAUUCUUCCGAAAAAAAUUCUUCCGAGAAAAAUUCUUCCGAAUCUUCGAACGUUCGCAAUGGAAAUUUACACAAAACUAUGUGAGAAUGACGAAAGUAUCAUAACAGUCAUUAUAUUAAAUGACAUACAUAUAUAUAUAUAUAUAUAUAUACAUAUAUAUAUAUAUGUAUAUAUAUAUAUAUAGAUAUACACAUACACAUACGUACAUAUUUUUUAUUACUGUUUUUAAUACAUACGUACAAUAUUUAUUGUUAUAAACUGGUAGAAAUUCUAUAAUUGCAUGUGUAAUAAAAGAAAAAACCGGACAAAUAAUGUAUAUAUAUAUAUACAUAUAUAUAUAUACAUAUAUAUAUAUACGUAUAUAUAUAUACAUAUAUAUAUAUAUAUAUACGUAUAUAUAUAUAUAUACAUAUAUAUACAUAAAUGUAUAUACAGAGUAUUUACAAUGAAACGGCUAAAUUUUUGUUAUCUUAUCACUCGUGAAAUUAGAGCGUUUUCAUUGUAGACAAUUUGUAUAUGUAUACGUAUAUAUAUAUAUAUAUAUAUAUAUAUAUAUAUAUACACAAACACAUACAAGCGCAAAUAUAUAUAUAUAACGUAUGAAUGAACAUUUUUGUAUAUGUGGAUGUUACAAAUAUGAAGAGAGUUAUGCAAUUAUAUUUUAAUGGCGGAUAAAGAACCUUUGUCAGGUGGAAAUAUUACAGAUUUUAUAUAACUUGUGUUAAUAUAUUCCGUUGUCUUUUUUUUUUUUUUUACAUUUAUCGUAUUCUCCUAAUAUCUUCCAUGCGUCUCAUGGAAUCCACAAUACUAUAUCAAUCCUGUGAUCCACUAUAACUAUAUCAAUAAUCCUGUGUGUUUAUAAAUCCGUAUUAAUAUUUUAUGAGUUGUUGAUAUUAAUACUCGGACAAAGUUCAUUUUAUGUUAUUUAUGAAAUAUUUAAUGAUUUUCAUUGUAGCGUAAAUUAAAAGUAUUACUAAACAA